GGCUUUCCUUGCGCCCAGGCGCAGGCGCGCCUCUGGGGAGUCCGCGCCGGCUCCCCAUCCCUGGGGUCCCCCCCCGCCACCCCCCUUCUGUUGCAGGCGAGGCUGCCGUCUCCUGCGGGCGGAGGAACUACACUUCCCAGCGUGCAGCGCCCGAGCGUAAAUCUUCAAAGGCUAACAAAAGAGCAGCCGGCAAACCUGACAGGCGGAGGGCAGAGCCGGAGGAAGGAGGCGAGCCGGGCCGGGGCGCGCACCGCAGCUGGCCUCUCCGCGCCCCCCGCGCCCCGCCCUCCUCCCUGACAGCUGGGGGGCUUUUGGAGGGGGAGGAAGGGGGAGAAGGCGCCCCCCCUCCUGCCCCGGGGGCUGCAAAGGAAGCUCUGGAGGAUGGCCGGAGGGAGCCUGGCUCAGGUAGGCCCUGGAGAGACCUCAGCAUCGGGGGGGGGGGGCUGAUCUCCCCCCCCAACAUCACAACAAGGACCCUCCUGCAAAAGGGGCUCGGGGGUGGCGGGGGGGGGGGGUUCAGGAUCCGAAUGCGCCUCCUCUGCAGGGAGAAUAUCAAAUUACAGCGAAAGGAAAGGACCCCCCCCGCUCCGUGCGUCUUGAGCCGCUGCCAGCCCCCCACCCGCAGCUAUUAAAGGCUGCUUUGGGGUUUCCUAAAAGGCACGCAAGGGGGGGACCCCCACCCCACAGACUUCCUGCUUUUCCUACGGAGGAAACACCCGUCUCAGUGCGUUUUGGCACCGGGAGCAGAGCUGAAAAUGACCCCCGAGCUGCGCUGCUGGGCCCCCGAUUUAGGGUGCUCCGGAGAGGGGCGCAAAUGCAGCCCCCGGGACCCCGAUCUUCCCGUCAAACUUCACGGGUGAUGGAUGGAUCUGCGUUAGCAGCGAGGGGCGUUUGGAUGAAAGGAGACCCAAGGGGGCCGUUCGGAAGCGGAGACCCCCUUAUUUCUUACUCCCACCCUUCCGGCUAGGAGGCUGCACCCCGAAAGCACGGGUUUCAUUUCCCUUCUGGGUAAAGACACCCCCCUCCCACGCCACCAUCUUCGAAGGGAUCGGGUGCUUUACGGUGGCGUAACCUGCAGGCAGGCCAGGGCAGAGGAGGGAGCUGGGGAGAAGAGGCGGAGGGGUCUUCCUGGCAUAUUUCUCCCCCAAAAUAUCAGAAACUACCCCCACAAAAAAGGUCAGAGUUAAUUCCCCAAAGCCCAGUGCAGGUUCUGCUCGAAUAUUAUUGUUGAUGGUCAGAGAAAGGGCCCCCACCAGAGGGGGAAAAGGCAGAGAAAUAUUGGGAAGGGCUUUGGAAGCCCCCUCCCCUCGCUGGGCCCUGUGACAGGUGUGCUCCCCGCCCUGCAGCCACCACAGACACCUUUUGUUUGUCCACAAGGUCAAGGAGGUCCCGGCGGGCCACUUGCGUGCCACACACCUGCCGGGGUGACGGGGACCGGGCUUUGUGGCAGAGCUACGCUUUCUAUGCAGAAGGCUCCGUCCCCGAUGGCAUCGCCAGGUAGGACUGGAAAUGCCCACCCCCGGCCCAAAACGCCCCCCCAAAAAGAGAGGGGGAGAGAGACAGUGCUGAGCUUAGACGAUGCCCCAAGGGCCCGGCUCCGUGCAGGAGAAGUGGCUCUGUGGCAGGACAGUUGCCCUGCAUGCAGAACGCCCCAGAUCCCGUCCCCAGGCAAGGCUAGGAAACCCAGUUCGUGGGCAGGCUGUCCUUGGGCGAGAAAGGGCCGCAAUCGGUGGCCUCUGCGGCCCCUGGAAUACGCAGUCCUUCCUCCAGGACGGGAUUCGUGUUGGUGGUGGCGGCGGUCUUCCCGAAACACGGUCGGAUCCUGCGGUGCUGAGAGAGGGGGCUUCUCCUCGUUGCAGGUGCCCGUGGCCUUUGAGGACGUGGUGGUCUAUUUCUCGCGCGAGGAGUGGGCACAGCUGGCAGAAUGGCAGAAGGAGCUAUACCAAGACGUAAUGGCAGAGAAUUACGAGCUGGUCUCCUCGCUGGGUAAAGUCGAUGUAUAUACUGUUUUUUGGGGGGGAGCUGGCCAGAGAGAGAGAGAGAGAGGGUUCAAAUGGCCCCAAAGGAGAGUAGACAUGAGGAAGGGGAAAUGCCAGAGAUAGAAUCACAGAAUUGUAGAGUUGGAAGGGACCCUCAGCGUAUAUCUAGUCCAACCCCAAAUGCAAUGCAGGAGUCCAGCCCACAGCCAUCCCUGGCUGGGCGCAAACUACCGACCUUAGACGUGGCGAUUCCUGCUUUGAAAGGGAGUUGGACUAGAUGACCCCUGGGGUCCCUUCCAAUUCUAUGACGUCAGGACAGAGAGAGCUGUUUGACAGGGGAACAGACUCCCAAGGAAGGGCAGCAGGCUCUUCUUCGUUGGAGGUUUUUAAGCAGAGGUUGGGGAUUCAGAGACAUGAGGACUAGAACCUUGCUCAUUUCAAUAGGAAGGGAUGCAGCUCAGAAGGUCCCAGCUUCCGUCCCCUCCCCAAUUAGGGCUGGGAAGGCUCCUUGCCUGAAAGCCCAGAGGAGCUGCUGCAAGCCAGUGCAGACAAUGCUGUGCUAGAUGGGCCAAUGGGCCUGGCUUUCUAGUUUAGGGAAAAGGUGAGGAAGAGCAGACGCGAUAGGAGUAAAGUUUUUCCUCCUCUUUCCUAAAGCCAGAACUCGAGGGCAUCUAAGGGAGCUGAAGGUUGGGAGAUUCAGGAGAGAUUUUCGAAGCCCUUCUUCACACAGCACAGAGUUAAACUAUGGAACUCACUGCCACAGGGAUGGCCGCCAAGCUAGAUGGCUUUAAAAGGGGAUUAGGCAAAUUCAUGGAGGAGGAGCGGGUGAUGGAGUGGCCGCCGGGACCACAUAACACCGGUCCUGAGAGAUCUGCAUUGGCUCCCAGUAUGUUUCUGAGCACAAUUCAAAGUGUUGGUGCUGACCUUUAAAGCCCUAAAUGGCCUCGGUCCAGUAUACGGUACCUGAAGGAGCUUCUCCACCCCCAUCAUCCAGCCCAGACACUGAGGUCCAGCUCUUCUGACGGUUCCCUCAUUGUGAGAAGUGAGGUUACAGGGAACCAGGCAGAGGGCCUUCUCCGUGGUGGCACCUGCCCUGUGGAACACCCUCCCUUCAGAUGUGAAGGAAAUAAGCAGCUAUCUUCUCUUUAAAAGACAUCUGAAGGCAGCCCUGUUUAGGGAAGUUUUUAAUAUUUAAUGCUGAAUUGUUUUUAAUAUUCAGUUGGAAGCCGCCCAGAGUGGCUGGGGAGACUCAGCCAGAUGGGCAGGGUAUAAAUAAUAAAUUAUUAUUCUAUACCAGCCAGGAUGGCUCCUCUCUGCCUUCACAGCAGGAGACAGAGAUGCUUCCGAAUUCCAGCUGCUGGGAAACCCCAGGAGGGGAGAAUUGCUCUCGUGCUCCCAUCUGGCUGGAGGGUUUCUGGGAGGCCCUGAUCCCGGAGGGGUCUUCUAAUGGAGGUCCAUUACGAUAGCAGAACCUCCAAAUCCAGGAACAGUCUACCUCUGAAUAACCAGAUAAUGGGGGAACAGCAGUAGGAGAACAUUGCUGCCCUCAGGUCCUACUUGGCCAUUGUGGAGGGGGGGCUCUUUUAUGUUCUUCUACCCCCUCAACUAACCCCCGCCUCUGCUUCUGUCCUUUGCAGAAUGCCUGCUCUCUAUCCCUGAAUUGCUCUCCCGGCUGGCGCGGGGAGAGGCGCCCCACCCUGCUGCAGAGCCCCCACCCUCUGCGGGAAACACCAACUCCCCAGGUAAGAGCACGGGACUCCUAAUCUCAGGGUCGUGGGUUCGAGCCCCAUGUUGGGCGAAAAGAUUCUUGCAUUCCAGGGGGUUGGACUGGAUGACCCUCGGGGUCCCUUCCACUCCACAGCACUAAGAAUUCUAAGAAGGAUGAUUUUAAGAGUGGGGCAGGGAGGGGUCUAGCAAGGAAUCAGGGCAGGCUGUCCCACUGCAGCUCAGGGAGCGGAGCACGUGCCUGAUAAGCAUUAUCGGGAAUUUGUAAGAUAUAACGAAAGUUAAUCUGCAUAAAACUGCACCCCUCUGCAGCUGCCCAGUUGCCCUAAAGCAGGCAUUGCAAAACUCGGCCCUCCAGAUGUUUUGUUUUGUUUUUUUCAAAAUGUUUUAUUAAUUUUCCAAAAAAUUUAAAACACACAAACAAACACACAUCCUGUUUGAAUCUUGGUAACAUUAUUAAGUGACUUCCUCAAAUCCCCUUGGUUGAAUUUCAUUAUGUAUCAUUUUAACAGUUUUCCAAAAUCAAUUUUCUCAAAAAAUUAACUUAAUCACUUAACUUCUUUCUUUCAUUCUUUCUAAUUUAGCUUUAAGCAUCUUAAAUCCUAUCCUUACAUACUUAAAUCCUAAGCCUAUCUAGUAUUUGCAAGCUUUUCCAAUUAAGUUAUCUUGACAUACUUGGCUAAAUAGCCUUUAAAUAUCUUCCAUUCUUCCUGGUACUCCUCCUCCUUCUGGUCGCAGACUCUUCCAGUCAGUCCAGAUGUUUUGGGACUACAACUCCCAUCAUCCCUGACCAUUGGUCCCGUUAGCUAGGGGUGAUGGGAGUUGUAGUCCCAAAACACCUGGAGGGCCGAGUUUGGGGGUGCCUGCCCUAAAGAAAGCACCGGCCCUGAACCUGAGAGAGAUGUAUAAACUUAUGCACAGCAUGAAUAAAGGGGACAGAGAAGAGUUACUCUGCAGUCGUAGCAACACUUGGGACAGGCAGUGCAAGCUGAAUGCUGCAAGAUUCAGGGCAAAAGAAAGGACUUUUUUUCUACACUCAGCGCGUAGCUAAAAUUUGAAAUUCGCUCCCCACAAGAUGUAAUGACGGCACCCCCUUGGGUGGUUUUAAAAAAGAGAGUGGGGUUAAUUCAUGGGGGAGAGGGCGAUCGAUGUCUCCUAGUAGCCCCAGGGGCCGAAUACUGCUUCCUGAAGAAUGGUGAGGGCGCUGCUGUUCCGCACAGGUCCGGUCUGUGAGUUUAAGAACAUAAGAGGAGCCAAUGGCCCACCUAGUCCAGCCCCCUGUUCUCGCAGCAGCCAACCAGAUUCCUGCGGGGAACCAGCAGGAUUUGAACCCAGGAGCCGCUCUCCCCAGAUGCGGAGGCAGAGCAGAGCCGUCCUGGCUAAGAGCCAUCAAUAGCUUUAUUGUCCUCCAUGAAUUUGUCUCACCCGCUUUUAAAGCCACCAGGCUUGGCGGCCAUCCCUGCAUCCUGUAGCAGCGAGUUCCGCAGAUUAAAGCUGUGCUGUGUGAAGGAGGACUUUAUUUUAUCUGUCUUGAGCACCUCAUAGAAUAAUAGAACUGUCGAUCUGGAAGAGAGACUGAGGGUUCUCUAGUCCUGCAAAGCAGCAAUCUCAGCACAUGGUUUCCCAUCCAAUUUGAAACCAGGCCAGAGCCUGCUUAGCUUUGCAAAUGUGCUGGCAGUUUUACUGCUGCUCCGCUCCCCAUGGGCGUAGCCCAGGGGCAGGGAGGGGCAGCUGCCACCCCCAAUCAAUAAAAAUCAUAGCAAACUGAGGUUCUGUCCCCCUAACCAGGCUGAGGGCCUGCCCGCCCUCCCAUCAGAUGUCAAGGAAAUAAACAACUAUCUGACUUUUGGAAGACAUCUGAAGGCAGCCCUGUUUAGGGAAGUUUUUAAUGUUUUAGGUUUUAAUGUGCUGUUCAUUCUGUCAGGAGCCGCCCAGAGUGGCUGGGGAAACUCAGCCAGAUGGGCGGGGUAUAGAUAAUAAAUUAUUAUUAAUUAUUAUUACAACAAAAAUCCUAGCCACACCCAUGCCAAACCCCCUGUGGCUUCCAGGGCAUGGAUCCCCUUGGGCCUGAUCCACGUAAAGAGCUCCCCUUCUCAUCCCCUCCAACAUUCCUACUCAACGUAGGGAUGUCCUACUCAACAACAACAACAAUUUCAUUAUUUGUACCCCACCCAUCUGCCUGGGUUGCGCAAGCCACUCUGGGCGGCUUCCAACAUAUAUAUAUAUAUAUAUAUAUAAUAAUGCAUUAAACAUUUAAAAACUUCCCUAUACAGGGCUGCCUUAAAAUGUCUUCUAAAAGCUGUAUACUUCCUUAUCUCCUUGGCUCGGGGGUCGGAUAACUCCAUACCCUCCAACAUUUCUCCAAUGAAAAUAGGGACAUCCGGCGCUGUGGUCUAAACCACAGAGCCUCUUUUUAAAAUUUUUUUAUUGAAUUUUACAAGAAAAGAAAAAGAAAGAGAAACAAAGAAUAAUACAUAACACUGUAAACACAUUUAUAUACAUGUUUUCCAAAAUACAAACUAAAAAAAAAGACAAAAGACAAAGGAAAAGAAAAAAACCUUUUCAUAACCAAUAAUAUUACCAAAUUCAUGCUUCAAACAUUACAAUAUAUAAAUCCUAGUUAAAAUAUUAUAAAAGACUUCCACUGCAUUCACCGCACGUCUCUUAGUUAUCUUGCUUGCCUUUGCAUCUGUUCUUGAAUCAUUUCCCUUCCUUGGGUUCUUUCAUAGUCAAAUCUUUAUGUUCUCUAUAUUUUUCACAAGGUUAUUCUAAGCACAACCAAACUUUUGUAUUUGAGCCUGCUUGUAUAAAUAUUCAUUUAAGCAUUCCCAUUGUUUCUGAAUUAUAGUUUUGGAUUUAAUAAGGCAUAAACCAUAGAGCCUCUUGGACUUGCCGAUCAGAAGGUCGGCGGUUCGAAUCCCCGCGACGGGGUGAGCUCCUGUUGCUCCGUCCCUGCUCCUGCCAACCUAGCAGUUCAAAAGCACACCAGUGCGAGUAGAUAAAUAGGUCCCGCUCCGGCGGGAAGGUAAAUGGCGUUUCUGUGCGCUGCUCUGGUUCGCCAGAAGCGGCUUAGUCAUGCUGGCCACAUGACCUGGAAGCUGUACGCCGGCUCCCUUGGCCAGUAAAGCGAGAUGAGCGCCGCAACCCCAGAGUCGGCCACGACUGGACCUAAUGGUCAGGGGUCCCUUUACCCUUUACCUUUUAAGACAAAGCGGGACAUUCUGGCAUCAAAUUUGCAACUCAGGAAUGUCCCUGGAAAAUAGGGGCACUUGGAGGGUCUGCCUUCUGCUUUUAGAGAAGACCAGGCGAUGGAACGAUGUAAGUGUCCCCUUUGGAGGUGUCCAGAUUAAUGCCCCUAUUUCCCCUCUCUCCUGUUUCCUUCCUGCAGCUGACGUGAUCGAGACGCAGCCCCAAAAGGCGCCGGACACCCCAGUGGCCUCCGAGGGACCCAGUCCAGACUCGGCAAAGACCCCCCGCCCUCGGGCCGCCAAGAAGGGCCCCAAGAGAGGGGCGUCGCAGGCCACGCGGGGGCCCUCGGGGGCCGGCCGGGCCCCUGCAGACCGGUCGAAGACCCCCAAGCGGGAGAAGCCUUUCAAGUGUCCCAAGUGCCAGCGCCGUUUCCUGGGCCGCCUGGCACUGACCGCCCACCGGCGCCUGCACGUCCGCAAGUGGCCCCGGCCGGGCCCCCAGAGCGCGGGAAGGGCCCCCCAGGCUCCGGAGCUCGCCGUGCCCCAGGAAGGCCAGCCGGGUGCCAGCCCCAGCCCUUUCCCCUGCAGCCAGGGCGAGGGCACCCUGCCCUUCUGGCCAGAGAUGGCUCUGCACCAGCAGUCUCCUCUGACACAUGGCUUCAACCCCUGGUCGCUGGGCUACGGCCCCCAGCCCUUGCCCGGCCACCAGGCACCCGGCCUGCCCAGCAACGGGGAGUUCAUCUGCGACCAGUGCGGCUGGAGCUUCCACGGCUGGGAGGAGCUGGUGACGCACCAGAUGGCGCACAUGGCGGCCGAGGGCAUCGCCGGCUCCGUGCCUAAAGCAGGCGCCCUGGCGCAGCUGUCGGGCGACCGCCCUUACGCCUGCGCCCAGUGCGGCAAGAGCUUCCGCCACAAGCCCAACCUGCUGGCGCACCGGCAGGUGCACACGGGCGAGCGCCGCUACCAGUGCCAGGAGUGCGGCAAGUCCUUCGGCAGCAAGGCCUACCUGGCGUCGCACCAGCACAUCCACACCGGCGAGAAGCCCUACGUGUGCGCCCAGUGCGGCAAGAGCUUCCGCCACAAGCCCAACCUCAUCUCCCACCAGAAGAUCCACACCAGGGAGCCCCUGCCGCCCAGCCACCCGCUGGACGCCUUCGAGGGAGACGCCUUCCAGAACCCGCGCACUGCGGCGGACGCCCUCGGGCUGGACACCUUCCGCCGGCCCCUGCCGCUGCCGCCAGUGCCGCCGGUGCCGACUGAUGCCCGCCUGGCCUGUGCGCAAGGCGACAUCCCUCUGCCGCUGCUGCCCAGCGCGCUGCCGCCGCCUCCCACAGCAAUGGCCGAGCGCCCCUUUGUCUGCCCCGUCUGCGCCAAGCAGUUCCGCUGCAAGCCCUACCUGGUGGCGCACAUCCGCAUCCACACGGGCGAGAAGCCCUACGCCUGCAGCCGCUGCCCCAAGCGCUUCUCGCAGAAGUCCAACCUGGUGUCUCACGAGCGCCUGCACACGGGGGAGAAGCCCUACGCCUGCCCGCUCUGCCCCAGGGUCUUCAGCCAGGGCUCCAACAUGCGCGCCCACCAGAGGAGCCACAGGAAUGUGGCCGCCCCCGGAGAGACGGGCGUCAGCCUCCGACAGGGGUAUGUGGUGAGGCAGAUCCAGCCGCCACCGCCGCCUCCGCCAAACUAGGCCUCUGGGGCCUGCUUCCUCCAUAGCUGGGCUGGCCGCUGCUUCUUGGCCCUCUGGCCUCCUUGCCUGCCCAGGAAUUGUUUGGCACGGUUCCUGCAUCGCAGUGGGGUUGGGCUGGAUGACCUCCGGGGUGUCCUUUCCAACACUACAGUUCUACGGUGCACCCAUGUUUCCAUUUGGUGCGGUUCCUGAAUUGCAGCGGGGUUGGGCUGGAUGACCCCUGGGGUGUCCCAGCACUCCAGAUCUAUGGCACAACCACGUUUCCCUGCGGCCGCGUGAACUGGGCAAAGUCUGCGGUGCCCUUCCGUCCCUUGGCGAGUCUGCAGAUUUCCCACCGGAAAGAGGUCCUCUCCUCUCACUGCCCCCGCCCUGCCUUAACCUCAGAAUUUUGCUUUGGCAAACUUCGCCCUGCCCUGAGAAAUCAAACAAGGCAGGAGGGACCCCAGACUUUCGUUUCCGGAAAAAGAGUCGCCAUGCCUAAGGCCUCCCAGGAGUAUUUUUCUGCUGUCCUGGAGAGGCUGCCGAGGAAAUGCACUCUGCACGUGUUUGGCGACACACUCUUCUUUCUGAUGGAGAACGGAGCGUGUGGCUUAAAAGGGAGCAGGGGUCCACGGUUCAGAGGUGGGGCGCAGGAUUUGCAGCCUCGGUCCCCGCUAUCUCCACUGAAAUGGAUCUCCUCUGGGGAGGGGGUGGCGCUCGGCUCUGUGGUCCCGUGGGCUGAGUCUGAACUGGGGGGCUUCCUUUGCUCGAUGUCUCCAGCAGGGGCAGCGAGCAGACUGAGAUCGAGAGCAGAAGACUUGGGAACGUUAGAAGAUAAGAGAAGCGUACUGGAUCAGGCCAAUGGCCCGUCCAGCGCAGCAUCCCGUUCUCGCAGCGGCUGACCAGAUGCCCCAAAGGGGAACCAGCAAGCAGGACCAGAGGGCAGCAACUCCCUCCAAUUGUUGUCCUCCAUUACAGUGGUACCUCAGGUUACAGACGCUUCAGGUUACAGACUCUGCUAACCCAGAAGUAGUACAUCGGGUUAAGAACUUUGCUUCAGGAUGAGAACAGAAAUCACGUGGUGGUGGCGGGAGGCCCCAUUAGCUAAAGCGGUGCUUCAGGUUAAGAACAGUUUCAGGUUAAGAAUGGACCUCCGGAAUGAAUUAAGUACUUAACCUGAGGUACCACUGUAUCUGGUUAUGCAGAGGUAGACUGCCCCUGGGCAUGGAGGUUCUGCUGUCAUAAUAGACCUCCAUAAGAAGCCCUCCUGCCGUUUCCGGCAGCAAUGGCCACUAAAUGCUUGGGGAGAGAGGCUCCGGCAGUGGAGGUACAGCAGAACCAUCCUGGCUCUCUCCUCCUCCUCCAAGAAUUUGUCUAAUCCCCUUUUAAAGCCAUCUAGAUUGGUGACCGUUGCUGUCUCCUGAGGGAGGGAGUUCCGCAGAUUAACUACGAGAGUCGAGGGACUGCAGAGGCCCUGCAGCCAACAAAAGCCAGCCUGAGCUCUAAAAAUAAAAUUAAAAAUCCGGACCUUUGCUGCUUCUUUGCAGACGGACGGUUUCCGUGAACGGCAGAAUUUGGGGCAGGGAUGUGCCUGUGGACAGAGAGCGAGAGAGCGAGAAAAAGGACUCUCAUCCACAACAGACACAGCAUGAUAGAUUUUUAAAAUAAUUAGAAGCAGGCCUGUCUUGUCGUGACUUUGGGGGAAAUUCCGCGCAGAAGCAGGCAAGAUUCUUUUGGUUUGUUUUUUCCCCUUUUAGGAUUGCAGCUUAAUUUUUUAGAAAAUAAGCAGGUGGCUAGUCCUCAUUGCUGGCGAGACACGAUCCGAAGAUUUGUGAGUCGUCUCUGCACGAGGUUCAAAAUCCGCAGCGAGGAGGAGCUGCCGGGGGUCUUGCAUGGUGACCUGUUCCUCUCACCCGACUUCCAAGUCCUAUUGUCCUACCUCUGUCCUCAAAGCCUCCUUCAACUUUUUACCUUCGGCUUCUGCAGCACCGCAUGCAAACGGAGCAAGGGGGAAAAGCUUCUCUGCAUCUAUUUGCUUAAUUCGGCAUUAUUUAUACCCAGGGCAGGCUAUGGGAUUGGGUCGUUUGUGUGUGCGUGUGUGCAAGACUUGUGGACAAGGAGACCACAUCCUAAACUCCUAACGCUAACUUUAAGAAAAUAAUGCAAGGUAGUAGUAACACUGCCCUUUCUAGGUGCCCUGUUUUAGACACAAGCCAAUUUCAUUUUCAAGCGGUUUCCUAUUGUAUACUCUUUUAAAACAAAUAAAGCGGUAGAUGUUAAUUUUAAAAACA